AUGACGAAUGAACCCGUCUUCUGGUAUUAUAAAACAAAUGUCAGUUUAUGGCCAAACAUACAAACGUCUGAUUCAUCAACAUUCGAAUGGACAAAAUAUCAUGAUUUUGAAAUAGAAAUUAUCGAAAAAGCUUUUCAAAAAAAAGAACCAUAUGUAAUCUUGAACAAGUAUCGAAUUGAUUUCAAGCAUUUCAUUCAAAUCAAUCUUAAUAGUGAUAUGAAACAAUGUCCCAUUAAACGUGAAUGUGGCUCUAUACAAAAGAUGAGUGAACGUAAACAUCGUUUUGUAUCAAUUAGUGGUGAAUCAACAGUAAAUGCAGUUGGGUCUUAUGAUGCAGCUAAUGCCUGGUGUCCGUUUUUAAUAGAUUGGCAAAAUUCUGCAGUUGGUCGUCGAGCUUCUCUGAAUCUAUCUGUGUGUAUUAAAGCAUGUGCACAAGGUAUAGUUGACGAAGCUGCUUUAGAUAAAAUUCAUAGUAAUACAAAAGUAUCAGAUAUGGCUAAAAAAAUUCUCUCUUGUCUAGAAUUAUCUGACGCUAGAGAAGAAGUAUUAAAAACGUGUGUUUAUCUCUAUACACACGAUAGCUUUCUUUAUCAAACAUUGAAUAAAGCAGUGCGAGAAUUUGAUAAAUCAAAACUCAACACAUUAGGUCCAUUCUGUUAUUUUCUUCAUGAAUAUUCUCGAAUGGAUAAAGGAUUUCUGGGGACUGUAUACCGUGGUGCAAAGCUAUCGUUGCUCGAUAUUGAAAUGUACGAAAAAGCUGUAGGACAAUGGCAAACAUGGACGGCCUUUACAUCAGCAAGUAAAAAUCGAUCCGUCGCAGAAUUAUACGGAGUAAAUACUCUUUUUAUCAUCCAUAUCACUAAUUUUACACUUGGUGGAGUACGCGGUUGCGAUAUUUCUCAUUUGUCAAAGUUUCCAGACGAAGAAGAAGUUUUGAUUCCAGCUGGGAGUAUCUUCUGUGUCACCAGCGUCGAACAAGAUUUGUCACAAAAAUAUAUAAUUCAUAUGAAACUCUGA